GCCGCGCACGCGAUGGGCGGGGUGUGGACGGCGCUGCGAUGGCUGCCCGCGGGUGUGGGACCAGCGAAGCCCCCGGCCCCUCUCCGAGCCCGGCCUCCUGACGCCGCCAGUGGGCGGGGCCGCCCGGGCCGCCUCCGCCGCUGUCAUGUAUCCGACGCCGCCGCCGGCGCCGCAUCGGGACUUCAUCUCGGUGACGCUGAGCCUCGGCCAGAGCUACGACGGCAGCAAAAGCUGGCGGCGGCGCUCGUGCUGGAGGAAAUGGAAGCAGCUGUCGAGAUUACAGCGGAACGCGAUCCUCUUCUUGCUCACGCUUCUGCUGCUCUGUGCACUCGUGUCCUACCUCAGCGUGGCUGACCAGUGGAGAGCUGUGAACGGCCGGUCAGCAGAAGAGCGGAAGAUGAGACCUGCGGAUCCGCCCGUGCUGCCAGCUCCUCAGAAAGCAGAUGCUAAUCCAGAAAACUUCCCAGGGGUUUUACCUCAGAAGCCUAAGAGGCAUUUCCGACGGCGACCGCCCAACCUGCAGAUUCGAGCCCCCGGUAAAGACUCCGAGGACCGGAGGCAGGACGACACCCAGCGGAGGGACGAGGCGGUGGGCGACGCUCGUCGAGAAGAGAACACACAGAGAACAGUGGUCAGCUGGAGGGGAGCGGUGAUUGAGCCGCAGCCCGGCACCGAACUUCCUUCGAGAAAGGCAGAGGCCCCCCACAAGCCUUCCUCACAGGCCCCCAGGAUUCAGAACCAAGCAGCUUCCCCGAACGAGCGUCAGAGGGCCGUGAUCGAUGCCUUCCGCCACGCAUGGGCCGGAUACCGCAAGUUCGCCUGGGGCCACGACGAGCUGAAACCCGUGUCCAGGUCCUUCAGCGAGUGGUUUGGCCUGGGCCUGACGCUGAUUGACGCCCUGGAUACCAUGUGGAUUUUAGGUCUGAGAAAAGAGUUUGAAGAGGCCAGGAAGUGGGUGUCUAAGAAGCUGCGGUUUCAGAAAGACGUGGACGUCAACCUGUUUGAGAGCACGAUCCGCAUCCUGGGCGGGCUUCUGAGCGCCUACCACCUGUCCGGGGACGACCUCUUCCUGAAGAAGGCCGAGGAUUUUGGGAAUCGGCUCAUGCCUGCGUUCCAGACGCCCUCCAAGAUCCCCUACUCCGACGUGAACAUCGGCACCGGGGCCGCCCACCCGCCCCGCUGGACCUCGGACAGCACGGUGGCCGAGGUCACAAGCAUUCAGCUGGAGUUCCGGGAGCUCUCGCGCCUCACGGGCAGUAGGAAGUUUCAGGAGGCUGCGGAGGAGGUGACGAGGCGCGUCCACUCGCUGUCGGGGAAGAAGGACGGGCUGGUGCCCAUGUUCAUCAACACCCACAGCGGCCUCUUCACGCACAUGGGCGUGUUCACCUUGGGCGCCAGGGCCGACAGCUACUACGAGUACCUGCUGAAGCAGUGGAUCCAGGGCGGAAAAAAGGAGACCCAGUUAGUGGAAGACUACCUCGAAGCCAUCGAGGGAAUCAAGAGGCACCUGCUGCGCAGGUCUGAGCCCAGGAAGCUCACCUUCGUGGGGGAGCUCGCCCACGGCCGCUUCAGCGCCAAGAUGGACCACCUGGUGUGCUUCCUGCCAGGGACGCUGGCUCUGGGCGCCCACCACGGCCUGCCCGCUGACCACAUGGAGCUGGCCCGGGCGCUCAUGGACACCUGCUACCAGAUGAACCGUCAGAUGGAGACGGGGCUGAGCCCCGAGAUUGUGCACUUCAACCUGUACCCUCAGAGCGGCCAGAAGGAUGUGCAGGUCAAGCCGGCCGACAGGCACAAUCUGCUGCGGCCCGAGACGGUGGAGAGCUUGUUCUACCUGUACCGCCUCACGGGGGACCCCAAGUACCAGGACUGGGGCUGGCAGAUCCUGCAGAGCUUCAACGCGUACGCACGGGUCCCCUCGGGCGGCUACUCGUCCAUCAGCAACGUCCAGGAUCCCCUCAAUCCCCAGCCCAGGGACAAGAUGGAGAGCUUCUUUGUGGGGGAGACGCUCAAGUACCUGUAUCUGCUCUUCUCCGACGACCCAGACCUGCUCAGCCUGGACGCCUACGUGUUCAACACCGAGGCUCACCCCUUGCCCAUCUGGGUCCCGCCUAGGGGGGCCUGACGCCCCUGUGGGCAGUGCCUUGGACAUGACCCGUCCUUGCUGUGAUUCAUGGUUUCCCGUCCACUGGAGGAGGCUUCUUCCUUCUUCCUGUGAGUCUUGAAUCAUGUUUACAUUCCGAAUACCCGACCAGCUUCGUCGGCCGGUGCCCGGGCUUCGUGGUGGUCCCUCGUGCCUGGUCGUCAGCCGGGGCUGCGCUGGGUCCCCCACAUAGUGUUCAGAGACGAGAGCUGAAGGGACAGCCCGACAUGCGGCUCAGCCUGGGAUCAGAGCCUGCGACGUGCCCUGACCCGAGGGUCUGGGGGGGCGCCCGUGACCCCCUGCGCAUCCGGGCACCUGGUGGGCUGUGGUGUUUACACGUUGGACUCAGGGAUCCUCCCCUGGCCCUGCAGGGGCCGGGAGGGGCGGGUGGGCGAGUUCGUCCUGCCUCUGGACCACC